UAUUUUUAACAAAUAAACUCAGAUUUUAAAAAAAGCAAAACAAUUGAUCCUCAAGGAGAAAUUCAAGAUGAUCAGCUCCAGGAAACGGAACCUGGAAGAAGUGAACACAGAAGAGACGAAAAAACUAAGAGAGGAUGCAGUAAUCCAGCAGAAGAAAUUUCAUGGCCUGAAAAAUCAAGGAGCCACAUGUUAUCUCAACAGCAUAAUGCAAGUUUUCUUCAUGACACCUGAGAUUCAUGACAGGUUGGAUCCAGAAUCACAGAAAAUAGACCAAGAGCUGAGAAACAUCUUUGAACGUCUGAAGAAAGGAACAUGUGGAACAGAAAAGAUAACAAAAACUUUGGAGAUCCAUAAUGUUUCUCAGCAGCGUGAUGCUGCUGACUGCCUGGAUCUGAUUUUAUGUAAGGUCAGCCCCCGUGUCUCUGAGCUUUUUGAGGGUCAGCUGACGUACACAACAAAAUGCUCCAAAGGCCACGUCAUCAAUGAAGAGACAAAUCCUUUCUGGACUCUUCCACUGUCACUCAGAGACAACCCUGAUGAAAUAUACAGCAUGGAAGGAGGAUUUGAAAAGAUUUUCCAAACCAAGUCAUACAGUGGAGACAACAUGGUGUACUGUGGAGAAUGUGAGAAAAAAACAGAAGCAACGAGUAAAUGUGAGAUGGUGAAGUUUCCUCACAUCUUGAUUCUACUCCUGAAGAGAUUUGGCUUUGACUACUACACCAUGUCAGAUUUCAAGUCCAACUGCUGUGUCGCUGUGCCAUCUGAAAUGACAACAAACGGCAAAAAGUACAAAGUGUAUGGGAUAGUGAAUCACAUGGGCAGUCUGAGAGGUGGACAUUACACAGCCACUGUGCUGUUCAGGGAGGACCACACCUGGUAUGACUGUGAUGACUGUAAUGUGACAAAGGCUGAAGAACAGCUGUUUGCAAAAACCAAGACAUACAAUUCCAGGUCUGCAUAUCUGGUGAUGUACAGAGCCUCGGAGAGAGAGCCAGAGGAAUUGAAAGAACAACAGAGGACCAGGAGAAGAGUGGGGGAAAAGGAUGAACCAAAGAAAAGAAGAGUGCAUGAAUAUAUAAAGAAAUCUGGAGAAAAGAACAUCCACGACGAUGCCCUGCAACCUUGCAAGAGUUCAGAGAUAAAGAGGAAUACUUUUUUGAUCACUGGUUUUUUGGCCUUAAUUGUAAUACUUGCAAUGAUACUCACAGCUCUAAGCAGAAACUGAUGGAGAGGAAGAAAGUCACCAGAGUUUAUGGUUUUG